UUUGUAACCCUUGCUCUCCCUCUCUCACCCUCUCUUCCGUCCUCGUGCCUCUGCCCAGGUGCCUUUUUGCUGCCCUACCUGUUGAUGGCCGUGUUCGGAGGCGUCCCUCUAUUCUACAUGGAGCUGGCUCUCGGCCAGUUCCACCGCAGCGGCUGCAUCUCCAUCUGGAAACACAUCUGCCCCAUCUUCAAAGGGAUCGGCUUUGCCAUCUGCAUCAUAUCCCUCUACAUAGCCUUCUACUACAACACCAUCAUGGCCUGGGCAUUGUACUAUUUGCUAUCGUCCUUUCAGCCCACUCUGCCCUGGACCACCUGCACCAACAGCUGGAACACGGUCAACUGUAACCAAUACAUGUCCACCGACCACAACGUGUCGUGGUCCAACUCCUCCACCUCUCCCGCCGAGGAGUUCUAUACUCGCCAGGUGUUGCAAGUCCACCUCUCCCCAGGUCUGCACCAGCUGGGCUCUGUCAGCUGGCAGCUGGCCCUCUGCCUGUUCUUCAUCUUCAUCAUCAUCUACUUCAGCAUCUGGAAAGGAGUCAAGACGUCUGGAAAGGUAGUUUGGGUGACUGCUACCUUUCCCUACCUGGUCCUCCUGGUGUUGCUCAUCCGUGGGGCCACUCUGCCAGGGGCCUGGAGGGGCGUCGUCUUCUAUCUCCAACCUGACUGGCAGAAGCUGCUUAGCACUACAGUGUGGAUUGAUGCAGCAGCUCAGAUCUUCUUCUCGCUGGGUCCGGGGUUUGGCGUGCUACUUGCCUUUGCCAGCUACAACCCGUUUCACAACAACUGCUACAAAGAUGCUUUGGUCACCAGCUCUGUGAACUGCCUGACCAGCUUUCUGUCGGGCUUCGUCAUCUUCACCGUGCUGGGCUACAUGGCUGAGAUGAGGCAUCAGGAUGUGGAUGCUGUGGCCAAGGAUGCUGGUCCCAGUCUGCUGUUCAUCAUCUACGCAGAAGCCAUAGCAAAUAUGCCUGCUGCUACUUUCUUUUCCAUCAUCUUCUUCCUCAUGAUCAUUAUGUUGGGUCUGGACAGCACGUUUGCAGGGCUGGAGGGGGUGAUCACAGCGAUGCUCGAUGAGUUCCCUCAUGCCCUGCCUAAGAGACGAGAGUGGUUUGUCUUGGGCCUGGUGUGCGUGUGCUUCCUCGGGGCUCUCUCCACGCUCACAUAUGGAGGAGCGUUUGUGGUGAAGCUGUUUGAGGAGUACGCUACAGGCCCCGCAGUCAUCACCGUGGUCCUGCUCGAAGUCAUCGUCGUCUCCUGGUUCUACGGUACCAACCGUUUCUGUAAUGACAUCAAGCUCAUGCUUGGUUUCUCCCCGGGGUUCUUCUGGAGGAUCUGCUGGGUGGCCAUCUGCCCCUGCUUUCUGCUGUUCAUCAUCAUCAGUUUUCUGGCCUUCCCUCCAGAGGUCAGGUUGUUCAACUACAACUUCCCGCCAUGGACCACUGUCCUGGGCUACUGCAUCGGGGUGUCUUCAUUCAUCUGUGUGCCUGUUUAUAUGGUCUACUACUUGCUCCGUGCCAAGGGAACAUUCAAACAGCGUCUGUUAAAGAGCAUCACUCCAGAGCCCAGCGGUAACCAAUACACAGACUUCAUUGUCACAAACGCAGUCUGACCAAACCUCGACCAAAAGAAGGUGUCACUCUAGCCACAUAGAGCGCCCUCUUCUGGACAAACUGCAAAACUACAGGACACAAGGGGCUACCUUUCACCAUCUUUGCCUCUUUUUCAUACAUCACUACACUUGUUUUUUAGCCGUCUCACACCAAGAUCUAGAACUAGUGGUGGAGUUAUGCGGAGCCAGGCUGCAGUAGUUCACUGAGCUUUGUUUAGUUUUCUUCCUUUAUGCUGGUUCAGUUCUCCGGUGUUUAAAAACACAAAGCUUAAGCUUCAGUAUCGUCAGAUCAACAUCCUCUCUCUAUUUGUCGCCUAAGUCAUCUUGUGACCAACCUUUCUUCAGGUUAUACAGUUGAAACGAAUGUUUUCUACAAUAAUGGAGUAUGAUACAGUCUGUGUUCAUGUAGACAAAUGAACUGCAGAGAUCAGUCAAAGAAGGCCAGAUAGUUACAUUUAUAUCCUCUCUCUGUCUUUAUGGUUGCAUUUUCAUAUUCUGCUGUUAAGUUAUGCAUUCUAACAUGUAGCACUAUUCAGGUAUCUGUUACUGAAGCCAAAUAUAUGAUAUCUCUUCUGUUCAUAUUUCUAAAGAUAUUCCCAUAUUUUGACUGUCCUUAUGUUGUGUUGACUGUCAGCCUGUGCUUAUUUGGUGGCAUCUUGGACAGGAGACGUAUUUGCAAUGAGUUCCCUACACUGUGAAGCACUGUGUGUGUGUGUGUGUGUGUGUGUGUGUGUGUGUGUGUGU